CACAAUUUAAUGACCGAUCAUGGGAUAUUAAUAGAGAGAGGAGAGGUUUGGCUCUUCGUAAUAAUUUCCAGGUAGAGGAGCAAAUUCCAGUAGGUAACGAGAAUGGUAAUAAUAAUAGAUAUAAUAUGAAUAUAGAUACAGAAGAAUCUUUUAUUGAACGUAUUGUGGAAAAGGUUAUGUUGGCUUUGGAGACCGAGAUCAGAGUGGGGUGGCUGGACAAUGAAGAAGAAGGAAAUCGAUUGAGUCGAAGAUCGGCUAGUUUUUCUGAGAAAGGAGAUAAAAGUAAUAAUGAACAGAGAUGUAGAACGUACCAGAUACCGAGUCGAGGCCUUAGUGGAGGUCUUGCAAUUGCAAUACGGAAGGAUAUAGAUUUUAACAUAAUUUCCGGUUUCCGGGGUUUGGAUGGUGGUUUUGAUAUUCUUGGAAUUAGAACCAUUAAUCUGAGUAUCAAUUUUAAUGUUGUAUCUGUGUAUCGUCGACCAGGAGGCUCUCUCAGGGUCAAUGACUUUAGACCCCUUUUUGAUUUUGAUCCAGGUGGCUGUGAAUCUAUUUUUUUAGGAGAUUUUAAUGCGAAGAAUACUUUGUGGAAUUGUGAAUAUAUGGAUACUAUUUGGGAAUCUUUACAAGAAGCUAUGGAACGCAGGGAUUUUAUGUGUGUUAAUAUGGAUACAUGCUCUCGUAUCGGAGCUAUUGGAGAGAGAGACUCUAAUUUGGAUCUAUUAUUCUGCUCUGCUGCUGUUUUGGAUAAUAUUAAGUAUAAUCAGCUAGAUGAUACAUGGGAUAGUGAUCAUUUUCCAAUUGUUUUUAAAUUGGAGACUCAUCGAGGGAUAUAUAGUAGUGAUGGAUUGUCUGUGCGGUACUCUGGUUUUACUAAAGUACUGACAGAUGCUGCCCAUGAGGCGACUGAUCGUCGUCCGAACCAAUUGAGUGGUGGAAAACGGAUUAGACGAGAAAAAUCUGGUAACCCUAACAGCUGGUGAGACAAGGAUUGUGAUAGUGCCGUUAAUGACAGGAAGAUGGGUUUGAGGGAAUUUAAGAGAGACAAAUGUUUAAAUAAAUAUAUUGAAUAUAAAAGAUGCAGAGCGGU